CCUCCCGGUGCGUGUAAGUUGACUUGUCUCGAAAUGACUGUGGACGACAUCAAGAUCCUCGAAGAGGGUCUCCGGCCAUUCCGAAACGUUGUCAAUAAUUUUGCGCUCCCAUCUCUCCGUACGCUUAUAAGGUAUAUGGAUACUUGGCGUACUGCCUUAGCCCGCCAUUUUCCAGUCAUACACUUCCCUACAUUUCAAGUGGGACAUUGCCUUCCGGAGCUCAUUCUUGCCAUGGCUGCGCUCGGCGCAGUGCAAACUCUGGAAGAACAUACAUCUAGAAAGUUAUACAAGGUUGCAAGAGCUGUCGCUUUGGAGAGACUAAAAGUCGACAGCCCAGAAGAGGAUUUAUCCCUGUAUGCUAUUAAACAAAGUCUGACGAUGCAGUCCGCUCAGACUCUGGUUUUUCUCCUUAUAUAUUCAACAUGGGCUCGGGAUACCUCUGUCGUCGCUGAAGGGUUCGAGUUACAUGAGCCCAUAAUACGGUACAUGCGAGUAAGUGGGUUUGACGAGCACAAUAACGCUGCUGAGCAGAGUUGGGUUGAAUGGGCAUCAUCUGAGGUUGAACGCCGAACUAAAUUCCUUGGAUUUUGCUUCCUCAACAUUCAUACCAUCAUAUAUAAUCGCCCACCUUCUCUAUUCUCUAGAGAAUUUAAACUUCGGCUUCCCUGUUCAGAAAAGGAGUGGCAAGCUACGGACGAGGUGCAGUGGGCUGCGACUCGACAAGCGGAUAUAUCCAAUAUGAUUAGCUUCCAGAAUGCACUUGAGUCUCUCAUGACCUCUGCGACAGCCGACUGGGAAACCUUGCCCUGCGCUUUUAGUAAUCUGAUAUUGCUCCAUGGAGUCCUACAGCGCAUAUAUUUACUACGCCAACUUUCAUUUCGAGCCAACCUGGCUGAUCACGAAAUAGAUGGAAUCCACCUAGCGCUUUCCUCGUGGGCCAGUAUGUGGCGGCGCGUAUCGGGGCCAGAUUUACACCCAACCAGCGAGCAUGGGCCCAUUCCUUUCACUUCUGUUGCCUUUCUCACAUUAGCUUAUGUGCGAACUCAUCUGGACAUAGGCCCUCAUCUGCGGUUGGCAUCGCGCGAUCCAACGGCUGUGGCAUCAGCGUUAUUUUCAAUUGCUCCUUUGCGGCGCCACUCGAACCUGACAAGUGCUUUACUGUAUGCAAUCCACGCUCUAAGCCUGCCAGUAGCUUUUGGUAUUCAACAUGUGGCCAGAAGUCAGUCGAUUUUGUGGUGUUGCCAGCAUGCAGUAUGCGCCCUUGAGUGUGCAAUUUUCCUCAGCAAGUGGCUAGAGGCCAUUGCCGUCAGCCAAAUACCAAUUACUCUCGAGCCAUAUGAAAAUUAUGUACUUUUAUCUGUCGAAUCUGUCAUUAAAGAAGCCGUUGAUUCUGCGGACUGGGAACAUAUAGAUACGUCAACCUGGCGUCAAGGUCCCCGCCACAUGAGCCUGGCAGUGUUGAAAAUCUGGUCCAAAAUCUUUAGCGAAAAAUCUUCAUGGGCGAUCACAGUACACGUUGGCGAAUGUCUACAUGAAUAC